GUCAAAGAUGUAAAUAUAAGGAUUUUUAAGGGUCGAAAACACAGAGCAAAAAACCAGGUGUAAUGGUCACGCUCCUCCACCACUACCAGCAGAGGUGAAAAAAUUACAGAGAAAGAAAAAAAAAAGAACGAGAACGAGAAAGACAGUUGAAUUGAGUUGAGAGUUGGAGAGAAUAUGGAUUUCGUAUCACUAUUCGUUCCCUUUUUCAUUCUAAAGCUGGUCAUCAAGUUAAAGUACCCUAACUCUUUGGUGAUGAGGAGUCUCUUCCACGCAACCCUUCAUCAUCCUCACCACCACUACCACCAUCACCACCAUCAUUAGACCUUUUCCUAUUAACAACCCCAUUCACUGCAUCACAAUAAAAAUCUCAUCUUUCUGUUCUUUCUUUUUGUGUGUAGUUGCUAUUUUUGCCAUUACUGAGUGCAGUGAUUGCUGUGCUCACAAUUUUCAGCCAUGCCGGGCUUAAUUUCGUCGAACCCAUCUCCCAUUUUCAUAUCAGGAACUCCAGACCAGACUCUGAAGAGCGAGUCCUUCAAUGGAACCAAAGGUUAUCUUAAGCCAGCAUCUCCUUCCAGCCAAUUACGGAUGCGACCCACCAGAAAAAGCGGUCCCGAAAAGCUUCCCGUAGACGAUUCCUCGCUCGACAAUCCGGAUCUCGGGCCGUUUUUAUUGAAGCUAGCCCGUGACACGAUUUCGUCCGGGGAGAGCCCGAACAAGGCUUUGGAUUACGCGAUUCGAGCUUCCAAGUCGUUCGAGCGGAGCCCUGUAGCUCAGGGUCUUGAGCUGGCUAUGAGCUUGCACGUUGUGGCGGCGAUUUACAGUAGUUUGGGUCGAUUAGAGGAGGCGAUUCCGGUUCUGGAACGGUCAAUUGAGGUCCCUAAUAUAGGAAGCGGGUUAGACCAUGCGCUGGCUAAGUUCUCGGGAUACAUGCAGCUUGGGGACACGUAUUCAAUCAUGGGGCAACUUGAGCAGUCGAUUUCGUGUUACGAAUCGGGUCUUAAAAUCCAAUCGGAGGCUCUGGGUGAGUCGGAUCCCCGAGUUGCAGAGACUUACAGGUACCUUGCUGAAGCCCAUAUGCAAGCAAUGCAAUUUGACGAGGCAGAGAACUUCUGCAAAAAGACACUUGAAAUUCAUAGAUUGCACAGUGAACCGGCAUCCCUUGAAGAAGCGGCUGAUCGCAGGCUCAUGGCUCUCGUCUGUGAGGCAAAGGGAGAUUAUGAAACUGCCCUUGAGCAACUUGUUCUUGCUAGCAUGGUAAUGAUAGCCAGCGGACAAGAUAAUGAGGUCGCUACUAUUGAUGUCGGCAUUGGCAACAUUUACCUGUCCCUCUGUCGAUUUGAGGAGGCUGUUUUUGCUUACCAGAAAGCUCUUACGGUAUUCAAAUCUACAAGGGGUGAAAAUCACUCUUCUGUGGCCUCAAUCUUUGUUCACCUUGCUGACCUGUAUUACAGGACCGGAAAGUUGCGAGAGUCCAAAUCAUACUGUGAGAAUGCGUUGAGAAUAUAUACUAAACCUUCGCCUGGAUUUACUUCUGAGGAAAUUGCCACUGGGUUGACUGAAAUCGCAGCCAUCUAUGAAGCUGUCAAUGAGCCCGAGGAAGGGCUGAGACUCUUGCAGAAGGCAAUAAAGUUAUUGGAGAAUAAAUCUGCAUACCGUGGCACAAUUGCAGGAUUAGAAGCUCAGAUGGGUGUCAUGUUCUACAUGAUUGGAAGGUUUUCAGAGGCUCGAAAUUCAUUUGAGAGUGCUAUAACUAAGCUUCGUGCUGGCGGGGAGAGGAAAUCAGCAUUCUUUGGAAUUGUGUUGAACCAGAUGGGGUUGGCUUCUGUGCAGCUGUACAAAAUAAACGAGGCCACCAAACUGUUUGAAGAAGCGAGAGAGAUACUAGAGCAGGAAUGUGGACCAUGUCACUUGGAUACACUAGGAGUAUAUAGCAAUCUCGCAGCAACUUAUGAUGCCAUGGGGAGGGUAGAAGAUGCAAUCGAGAUAUUGGAGUACAUCUUGAGGGUGAGGGAAGAAAAGCUGGGAACAGCAAAUCCAGAUGUUGAUGAUGAAAAGAAAAGGUUAACUCAGCUUUUACGAGAAGUGGGAAGGUCUCGCAACAGAAAGGCGAAAUCACUGGAAAAUCUUCUCGGUUCCAACAUUCAAGAGAGGAAAAAGGAGGGAACGAGAAGAUGGUCUGGUUUUAGUUUUAAACCUUGACUAAAACUUGUCUCUUCUUUCUACCACACUGAUUCCAGCAGCUUUCUGUCACUGGUUUGUCCCAUUUUAUAUUUCUCACUAAUGUUUGGGAUUCUUUUCUUUUGCCAUAUGGAAUUUGUAAACUUUGAAUGCCAUAAAUUUAUCUUUGCCAAUUGGCCAAGCUGUUUAUUGAAAAAAUAUGUCUCUUCCUUGUUUAUUGACAUCAGAUGAUAACUUACUUGAUAAAACUAACAACUCUGUUGACUCUAUA